CAGGCCUGUGUAGCAGGUGUUAUCUGAUAACAGACAUUAUGGCUACACACACACUACACACACAUAAACUGUAGGCCAGCAUAAAAUAGGUAUUCUGCCCAAUUUGUUUAUGAUGACAACUCCAAAACAGUCGAAGACAAUAGCAGCACAGCUAGAAGUGUUAGAUGAGUUCAAGCAAGAAUUGGACAAAGCUGGCACUCGUAUGGACUAUAUCAUAAAGAGGGGAAACAACUGGCUUGAGGACACAAAGAAUGAAACUUUUAUGGACAUCAACACUUUCUUGGUGAAUGAAACUUCUGAGUGUUUGCGGAGAUUCGCUACAAUAACAAAUGCUAAAGACGUCAACCAAACAAUAGGUCAUGAAAACCUCGACGUUGGAACUUUGAUAGACUCUCGUUCUAUUACGAUCAAAUCCCUGCAAGAAAAAAAUAAACGACAUGAGAAACAGUACAAACAAGUCGCAAUGCGUUUCGAAGAAAUUGAUAACAAAAACUAUCAAAAAUUUGAUCAAAUUACGAACGAACUUUAUUUAGCUAGCAAUUUCAUGGCUUCUCUUCAAGAAUCGUACGAAUUAUUGUCCUUUCAAGUAAAUGAAAAUGCGAAACAAAUCAAGGAUUUGACCAAUAUUCGUGACCAACAUACAAAUUUCGAUCUCAAACUAAUAGAACAAGAAGAAAAAUGCGAAUCUUUAUUGCGACUGCAAAAGUCUGUGGAACAUAAACUUCUCUCAAAGAUUGAACAGAUCGUAAGUCAACAAGACUCCACUUCGGAACAUGUAAACAAAACAAGUUCCGAGUGCGAAGCAAUGUCCCGUACUGUAAAUAGCAUGAUUAGCUCCUUCGACCAUUUGAAUUCAAAUUUGGAAAGUUUAGAAGAAAACGUCAAACACAUAGAUAAAACUUUCAAGGAAACUGAAAACACAAAUUCCAGAGAGUUUGAGAAUCUUUCAAGAAGAAUACAAUCUUUGGCUAAAACCAUCGGCUCUUGGCAGUCGGGCUCUUUCAACCUUGGUUUAGAGGAAACACAGAAAGAGUUGAAGGACAUGGCCUUGAACUUGGAUUCACUUAAAAAGAAUGUCUCUGAUUUAGCGAAUCGACAACGAAAUCUAGUAUCGAGGGCUGCCUUAAAUCAACUUGGUCAACUUCAGAAACAGAAAACAGACGAAAUAGAAUUAAAGAUGUCAGACCUAGAUAAAAAGAAUAUUGAAGUUGGCGGCCAGGUUUCAAAGUUGGCAACAGACAUUGUGAGCUUACGACGCCAGGGCUAUCAAUAUUUUCAAGAAGAAUCCCAGAAAAUGCUUGCCUUUUUAACAACGCUAACAGCGAAGAAGAAACCAGAGAACUCCAAAGAAGAAAGAGAAGAUAAUCAGACAGGUCUACGUCAAGGGGAAAUCAUUGCUGGCGACAUGAGCCUCAAGUUAGAAGAUAUCUGCUCAGAAUUGAAAGCACUCACUGAUUGUUUCAUGUAUAUUCAAGAAGAAAUUGAAACUUUGAAGAGUAAAAUAAAUCAGCAUGAAGAAAUCAUUAGCCAGUUCUAAACAGGAAGCAGGUUACAAUAGUCAUCAUUCAAACUUUUGAGUCUCUAUAUUUAGACGUUGUUAAUACGUUGUUAUUAUAUUACAAUUGGAAUGAUUUUAAAUCUAAAAAAAUUGUUUUUUAUAUCAACUUCCGCUUAGUAUCAGUUUAUACAGGUUUAAUUAUUUAUUGAAAUAUUAAGAUUAAAAUUUACAAUAGCCUACUAUAUAGUCUCGAUCAUUUAUAUUUGUAUAGACCUUGACUCCAGAUCAAUCACCUAUCCAUGAUAUUGAAUAAAUAUAUACACUUAAGGAGUUGCGAUGACUCAAUGGUAAAUUGCCCAUCUUCCGAAGAAGAGAGUCCUAGUUGGAAUCCUUGUGAAGACGGACUUUUUAUUUCGGGAUCAUUAGGUCGACUCUUAGGUACACCCAGCCCAGCUCUAAUGGGUACAUGACCUUAGUUGUGGAAAAGUAAAGGUGGUUGGUCGUUGUUUUUCGCAACAUGACACCCUCUUUAACCAUGGGCCAUAUAAAUAGAUGACCUUAACAUCAUCUGCCCUAUAGACCAAAAGGUCUGAAGUUAAGUUCCCCGAAAUUGUUCUAGCGUAUGGAAUAAGAAGUGUGCCUCUAUCUUUGUGUCUUUCUGAGUAUUUAAAGGAAUGAUUUGAAACAAAGACAAAACUUCAAUAGGGGUGUGGGGUGGGUAAAUAUUGUUCCUUUCAUUCAGUAGUCUGUAAGAACAAAGAGAGCUUACGCACUUGCAAAAAGUUAUAAAGGAGAUAUUGUCUUUUUAAAAAAGCAUUAUAUAUAUGAUAAGGCUAGUCUUCGAGUCCGAAGAUCAGUGAGGAAUGCAGUAUUUCCCGUGGAUGCGCAGUCCCAGCUGUGACGUACAUAUUUUGCCACUUUCAAGGGCAAGCAUAACCAUUGUCCACAGGUGGUCGAUAUAGAUUUUCUUUUCGCCGUCUGCGUUUGUCCUCGGCAGC